UGGAUACCCGCUUCUUCCUUUACGAUCAUCAUUGCCAGUCCCUUAUAAGUAUUCGACCAGCUGUGCUCCUUCUCGCCCUUGCCUUGCUCCACUAUGUCUGCCUCCUACCACCUUCGUCCUGUUGAUGACUCACCUGCAUCGUCUGCAUCUACUUCUCCUACUGCCGAGUCCUCCCGCUCGACACGCUCUGGCCUUUUGCUUCCGUCGCCGCCAACAUCAGCUUCCGUUUCCAGUCGAUCGCGUCGUCCUCUUUCUCCCUCUUCAUUACGCGAUGUAGAUCUGACUCACCAUCCAGACGUGAAUUCUCGUAAAUAUCCUGCACCUCCUACAGGCCAUGAUUUAAUGGCAAUGUUCCCCCCUGCACCGCCUUCUGUUAUUCCGCAUCGUUCGGAGCCAACUAGCGGCUAUUUCCAGCGGCAGGAGCGGGCCUUUUUUGCUCAGGCAGGGGCGGAAAUCGUCCGUGUGCAUGUAGAGGUCGAUAUUCCCUCUCACGCAGCAACCAUGCGCGAUGACAAGUCUCGCACAGCGGUACGAGACCCAGGUGGCCCUAGGUCUUGGCCGCCUUCAGGGCAGUCGCCCUCCCUGGGGGUCGUCGGCGCUCCGCCUCAUCCAAAUCAUUCACCGUCAUCAUCAGCUGCAUAUCCCCCCUCCUCCAGAUCAUCUCAGCGUAGCGGCCCGGUGCCCGUAACUCCUUCACCCCUGUUCCCACAUGCGUCUUCCACCCCGAAGACACAUCACCCUGAUCCCACCCCUCCUGGCGCCCAGACAAAGGUUGAGUUUCCGGAUGAAGGUGGUGAUCCCGACGAAUCGUGGAAGCGACCAAUGCCGUACGCCGAGCGACGGCGAGCAGGGAAACAUACUAGACGGGUCAUUGUACGGAAUUGAUGUGUUUUACUUCCAUCAUCAUUGUGGGCCAUUAAUAUCGGCGUUUUUGUCAAGGCUCGACUACGACUACUCUGAUCCUUAUUCCUUCUCUUUUUAAAUGGAUUGGUUCCAUUACGAGUGAGCCUCCCUUCGUUCAUGUACUUCAUGCCCCGAUAUGACACACACCUUGCGAUGACGCCAAGCUAUUUCUAU